CCUCAUAAGGGAAAUGCGGAGCCCAGUCGGUCAGUCACUGAUGGAGGCGAGAGGAACUGAGAUGAAAGAUCAGUCAUGAUUAGCUCAUUAUAUCUUGUGCUUAGUGAUGACAACGGCAUCAAAGAUGCCAGUGCGUUAAUGAUGCUGAGGAAAUGAGAAUGGAGCCACAGUUUGUAAACAAGGUGUCGGAAUUAAACAAGAGUAAACAGACACUCAUUAUUCCUCUCAGAACACUUAUGUUUAACCUCUUUAAAAGAAUUGUAUUUAUAACAAGUGAUGAUGACACACACACACACACACACACACACACACACACAAAAAAAGUCUAAAUUAUUCAAUGUUGUAUUUGUUUGGCAUCAGUAUGAGAUAUCAAGACACACAAAAAGUCUCUUCACUCCUUAAUUUCCUCUUUAUUUAUUUUCAUUUGGAUUACAAAAGCAGAAAUUAAAGUAUUAUACAGUAUGUGAAGAUAAUUAUUGAAACAGUACUUUAUUAGUUUAUAUCGCCUAAUCGAUUUGUGGUGUUGGAUAAUUACAUAAUUGUCCAUCCAUGUGCUCCAUAAUCAGAAGGGCAGCCCUUAAGUAAACGCGAACCAUUCAGCAGGUACGCGCACCUGCUAAUCUGUAGGGAAAUAAGAGUCAUUUCCUUGGAUGGCAAAAGGCGGAGUAUAUGACUGAUGAUCCAGUAAGUUCAGCGCUCAUGCCUCACCCCUCUCGGGACCGCGCCUCCCCAAGGGCUGAAAUGAGUUUCUGCCCCUUUAAGAAGUUGCUCUGUCCAGCACAGCUGGGAUUUCAACAAGGACAGAUAGCGCAAUGAAGAGCAGCGUCGACCCGUCAUCAUGUGCACCGGGCUUCCAAGGACUGCCUGUCCGCUGCGACUUAUUGCCCUCUGCAUCCUUCUCUCCCACGCAGCAGCCUAUUUCGGGCUUACAGGUCGCGAGCCCUUGGUUUUUCUGCCCGGUCCAUUUGCCAACGAGCCUCCAAACGGUAAAGCGCACCUGAAGCAAUGCGAGCAGAUGACUUUGACGCGCCGGCAAAAGCGAUUGUGUCGGCGGGAACCGGGGUUGGCGGAGACUCUGAGGGAAUCUGUCCGCCUCAGCCUCCUCGAAUGCCGCUAUCAGUUCCGCAACGAGCGCUGGAACUGUAGUAUGGAUGGCCGUGGAAGCCUUUUAAAACGAGGUUUUAAAGAGACAGCCUUCCUGCUUGCGGUGUCAUCAGCGGCCUUGUCUCAUGCGCUGGCCAAAGCGUGCAGCUCAGGACGCAUGGAGCGCUGUACCUGUGACGAUUCUCCUGGUCUGCAGCACCGCGAGGCCUGGCAGUGGGGCGUAUGUGGGGACAAUCUGAAAUACAGCACCAAGUUUCUCAAGAAGUUCUUGGGGCAAAAACGGGUCAGCAAGGACCUGCGUGCCCAGAUCGACGCUCACAACAUUAACGUCGGCAUCCGGGCGGUGAAGAGUGGACUUAAGACUACUUGUAAGUGUCACGGCGUCUCUGGUUCGUGUGCUGUGAGGACGUGCUGGAAGCAGCUCUCCCCGUUUCAAGACACAGGCCAUCUGCUGAAGUACCGCUAUGACACGGCCGUUCGAGUGCACAGCGUCACCAACUCCGCCACGGGGGAGACGGAGCUGGCGAGCGCUCGUCGACAUAGCAACACGAUUCCCCGUCCACGGCCCACUGAGCUGGUGUUUCUGGAGGAGUCGCCCAGCUUCUGCAGGCCAUCACGAUACUCGCCCGGGACGGCCGGCAGACCGUGCUCCAAGGACACCAGCUGCAGCAGCCUUUGCUGUGGACGAGGCUACAACACGGCCCUCCGCCUCACCACCCUCUCCUGCAACUGCCAGGUCCGUUGGUGCUGUCACGUCGAGUGUCAAACCUGCCUCCGAGAAGAGGAGGUCUACACUUGCAAGAAACAUUGAUAGAUCAUGCAAGAAGGAGACUGAGAGGAAGAAGCAGAAAGUGAGAAAGGUUGUGGAUGCGUCUAGUAGUCAACUAAUGAGAGAUUUGGAAAGGUUUGGAUGUUGUGAUCCAGGUUGUGCUAAGAGAAAAGAUUUUGAGGAUGAUCUGCCAGUCUUACCUGAUUCAGAAUGGCUUAGAUGAGAUGGCGAAAUAGCUGAGCGUCACUUUCUCAAACUCUGGGCUCCCACAUGGAGUUCCUAACUCUGAGGAACAUUUUCAUGUAAUCUAACCAAUCAGCACCUGAACAAGAGUAUAGAAGCUGCUGCUUACCCCUGUCCUACAACAAUUCUUCCUCCAACUUCUUGGUCGGUUACCAAUAAAACCGGUCAAGAGAUUCCUAGGGGGGUAUUUAGGGCUCGGGUCGGUCUUGAAUCCUCCAUGGACAGCAAGCCAAAUAUGUAUGCUUUCUCUUCAUUAAAGAUUACAUGAACAUGUGAACUCGUGAGACCUGGACAUUGGCCCCAGAGCGUUUGUGAGAUGCUUGACUAGAAUAAAAUGGCUCUUCUGCUGUUAAGGAAACAAAAUAGGACUUUCCAUGUGUUUCCCAGCUUCUCGCAAGAAGUGGAGGUUUGAAUUGAACCAGACUACUCUUUUCUUCUGCAGUGAUAAACCAACCUCUCGGGGAAGGCUGCCUUUUGAACAGUCUGUGUUGCACGCACACUAAUGCCAAUGGACUAGUGAUCUGCAACAUUUAGAUAUACUCAAACUAAUAAGUGAGAUGGCUCACUUACAAUUCUGACUGCUUGUCUCUUUUUACCUGCCUAUACUGUAUAUCUCUCUAUUGCUCUGAGAGUCCACAUAUGGCUUCAAAAUAUACUGAAAGUAUGAAGCACUUACGAAUGCAUUUAUUUGUGAAUAUUAUUUUAGUCUUUUAUUUGUAAGAACAAAACUUUGUGUCUGUUAUGGUUGUUGUGUUGUCAUGCUUAACAUAGAUAUAUAUUACAAAUGGGUGGGUGGGUUAUGCUGAUAAACUGGAAAUCUACUGGGACACAGUCUGCUUUUAUAGACUUUUAAUGAAUGUUAGAGCUAAAGUUAUAUAAUCAAAAAUGUUAUGUUAUCUUGAAUGGCCAUUAAAUGGCUGUAUCUGGUAAUAGAUAGGAAUGUAUUUAUUGCAAUUAGACAAAACCGAUCAACUGCUGCACCAAUUUCAAGUAAACUUGCUGGUGAAUUCCAGACUGCAUUUAUGCAAUUACACUUUUUUAGUGUAAUUUGCCACAUUUCUGCAUGAUAUGCUGCUUCUCUAUGCAGAAGUAUGUCAAAAACACAAGCAUUAGAGAUCGACCAGAACAAUGUGUGUCAUUACAGCAUGACCCAAACAUAACCUCUCCCUACAGCUGCAUACAGUGUGUGCAAACAUCUGGGCUUCUGAGUGUGUUGUCUUCGCUAUCCCAUCAAGGGCAAUGAGAGUGAAUAUGUCCCAUCCAGAACAAAGGAAAACAUCUCCUUCCCUAGUAAGCAAAGCUCUCUGCCCUAUAAAGUCUGGAAGCCCUUUCAUGUGUGUGAAGCCUUUGAUAAAAGUCCAUUCCAGUCCCUUAUUAGCCCAUUACCAAUCAGAGAAAAUAACAGUGCUUUUUUUCCAGGAUGUGCCAGAGUUGAAAGUUUGCCUUUGUUACAGAGAUUUUUAAAUUCAACAACAACAAAACAACAAAAAAAUACCAUUCUUUUUUCAGAGUUUCUUUUUGUUAUUGUUUUGUAGAUACAAAAAACAUGUUUUUUUGCACAAAUUGCAAAUUAUAUUGUAAAAGAGACCAAAUAUGAGAGGAAAUGUUAAAAAAAAAACAGUUGUAUUGGUGCACUGCACAUAAAGGCACAUUUCAACCUUCAGACACAAAGUAUUACUCAAAAAUAUUUUCUGUUAAAACAUCGCAUGCAUUUCUUCACUUAACAAUAGAAAUUUGAACUGAAAGUAUGAGAAUGUGAGCGUGAGCGUGUACGUGCCUACUUGUAUGUACGUGUGUGUGUGUGUGUGUGCAUGGUGUUUCUGGGAAGGGAGAAAACUGCAGUAAAAUUGGCCACAUCAAUCAAGUGCAAGAAAGUCCAAGCAUUCAGUGACGUGCCAUUCAGCUGAAGCGAAAACGUUCGCUGUAAAAGGGUUUCACUCUGACUAGUUUAUAUGCAUAUAGUAUGAAAGCUUUCACCUGUAAUCAAUUCAUUUUCUAUAAAAGAGACUAAAGAAAGAGAGUUCUCACACUGAGUCAACACAUGCAAAUACCUGAAACCCCAACUGUGGCUUUGAAAAUCCAAAUGAGAUUGUACCCUUCUGAGUGUAUGUGCAUGUGAGUGUAUUAUGCCUGUGUUUCUCUGCUGCAAUUGCUGAAAUGGUAACAUUUGUAGCAUAGACAUCCAUAAUGAAACCUCUGUCAACCUGCAGGUUAUGGAGUCUAUGUGUUUGUUUGUGUUGUCAUAGCUUUAACAGUGUACUGUUUCACUUUGUGAUUUCAC